AUGCACCAACUGAUGCUCAACGAAGAAAAACAUUGUGGGGACAGGAGGUUGAUGGCGUUGUGUACCUAUUGGAGGCCACCGCAGGCUAACAUAAGUUUGUCCCUAUCCGUAAUUCAGUACGCAGAUACAGUCCGACUUACUGUUAUGGCUGAUGCGAGACUUACGCCCUUACAAACAGUACCUUCCAAAAGAUGGCCGACAGCUAUCAAGCGAUUCAACAGCCAACCGGGUUAA